GAAGACCGGUACCUUCUUUUAUUCACCUAAUAGGGGAGAGUGUUCUGAGCUUUUGUUGCUCCAAGACCCUUCUCUGGAGUAGUUCGUUCAGUUCUCACGAGCCCUAGUCCCGAUUUCUUCUUGUUCUUCACACUCGGAGUAUAUAUAUAAUAUAAAUUAUAUAUAUGCAUAUGUAGAUCUCAACUCAACUCGUACAGCUAAGUGAUAGUUGGGACGUGUUUGGAGAGAAAGAUGAGCACGAAGGUUGAGCAGGCAUCUACUCUUGAACCUCACCGUCUUCAGACCACUGCUACGGCUGCUGCAUCUACAAGUACACCAAAGAUUUCUAAGUUCGCAGCAAAGUCUGGAUUUGUAAUACCAAAAAACAAAUUAUCAGGUUCAUUGGUUCCCAUAUUCCGUGGUGGUAAAAAGCUGGGAGGCAGUGAUGCAACGAAUGAAGAAAGUACCAAACAAGUGCAAAGGAAAACAAAAUGGGCCCUUGAUCUGACACAGGAUGCUGCUGUCAGAAAAGGAAGAGCCUUAGCUUAUCAGAUUCGAGUUGAUCAACUCACGCAAAGUCUGGCUUCUGGGGACAAUCAAGACUCAUCACCAGCAGCCCAGAAUCAGGACCAUGAGUCUUCAGGUCAUCGGAUUAACAAUGAGAAUUCAGAACUGUUGGAACUGGAAAGACGAGAAGCUAUUGGUGAAAUACUAAAGUUGAACCCAAGCUACAAGGCCCCGUCUGAUUAUAAACCCUUGCUGAAAGAGGCUAAAGUUCCUAUUCCUAUCAAGGAAUAUCCUGGAUACAAUUUUCUUGGUCUUAUAUUUGGGCCUGCAAGUGAUACUCAAAAGCGAGUGGAGAAGGAAACUGGAGCUAAGAUACAAGUUUAUGGUACAAAAGCAGAUACAGGAGAGAAGAGUGAAAUCACCUCAUCGGAUGGAAAUGAAAUCCAUGGUGCUUAUCAUGAGUUGUAUGUUCGUGUCUCUGCUGAUGCAUAUGGGAAGGUUGAUGCUGCAGUUGCCCUAAUUGAACUGUUAGUCACCCCAGUUUCAGUAAAUCCAACAGCCACUUCCACAACAGAGACUUCAAUUUCUGGUGAGAAUGUCAGUGUUGGUAAUCAAAGUGAAGGCGCAUCAACCCCUUAUAUGAUCUCUCCUGUUGGGUUAGACCAGGGACUGGCACAACCAAUUUCAGGAUCUGUGCAAAUUCCGAUACAAGGCCAGUUUCAACCUUAUUCAGGUCCAUGGUUCUCAGCAGGUUUGCCUCAGACUCCAAUACAUCCACAACCUGGACUCAUUCCUCCAAAUUCUUCAGCACCACUACUCAGCAAUCCUGUCCAAGUAUCAUCAUCAUCAUUCAAUCCCUCAAAUAUGCCGUCAUUGUUUGGUCCUCGACCACUUAUGACAGCUGGAUUUGGCUUUGGUCCCCGUGGACCACAGCCACCAGUUUUGCAGCGCCCUUACAUGCCUCAGGUACCCCACUUUGGUCACACUGGCCCACCAAGAAAUUUUCCCAUGCCAUCUUUCCAGCCCUUACCAGCUCAACCCAAUACUUCAGGCCCGCCUCAAUUUACUGGUAACCAAGCCACACCAACAGGGCCUUCCCCAAAUUUGAGGCCUUUAAUGCCUUCAAUGCCUCAACCAGCAUCAAGACCUCUGUCAGGACCACUCCCUGACCGACCAUUGACCCCUGCUGGUAACUCUACUCAAUGGUCUCAGCCUCCGGCAGGCACACCUAUCUCUAUUGGUAUGGGCAGCAUGGCGCAGAUGGUACCACCAAUGGUCCCCCCGCAGGGGCCGUAUCCUGUAGCCUCACAACCCAUUGUUGGGUCUGGAGCUCCAUUAUCAAAUUUUUCUUCAUCCAAUAUGGUUUCACCUGUAACCUUCCCAUCCAGGUCUGCUGCCCCUGAGUCAUCCAGUACAGCUGUGAACCGUCCUAUUGCAGCUCCUGUCUUUACUUCUGUUCCACGGUCUCAAGUGGGGCUUUCCCCUGUAUCAUCUUCUUUACUUCCCGCAUCCAUCCAUUCUUCACCUGUUCCACCAGCACGUCCGAUGAUGUCUCUGGCUGCAGCACCUAAUGCUUCCCCAAAUCCUGUAUUAGGUAUCACACCAAUUCCCUCAUCAAUGGGAUCCACAUCAACACUACCACCUCCUUCACAAUCAGGAAUCUUGAGUCCUGCUUCUGGAAGUGCCCCAAAUUUUACUCCCAUAAAACCCCCUUCUGUAACAGCUCCGAAGCCACAACAUCCAAGUUCAAGUGAUUUCACUUUUCAGCCUCACAGGCCGCAGAAUCCAGCCCCUCAAAUGGUUCCAAGGCCAAACAAUCAGCCUACAUUGCCCCGACAACCUACAGUGCAGCCACCUCAGGCACCUCAAACACCACCUUUCCGGCCAGCAAUGCAUAGUCCAACCCCACAAGCUGUCAUGCAAGGUUUCCCUGGGCCACAGGUUAACAACCUGAUGAAUCAACCUCGAUCUCAGAUAUCUGUUCCCUUCGCGGGUAAUCCAGCUUCAACUCCAACCCCACUCAGGCAUGCAGCAGCAUUUCCGAAUCCAGGUCCUAUUGCACCAAAUUCAACUGUUCCUCAAGUUGCGCCAAGAAACUUCAGUCCAGCUCCCCAAAUGGCCAAUUUGGCUGGCCCUUUCCCUCCCAGGCUUGGAAAUCCCAUGCAACUUCAGCAAAAUUAUCCCGGCGCAGGAACUCGACCACCAAAUCUCUUGCCUUCUCCAAAUCAACAGUUUAGCAGCAAUCGUCCGUUUGCAUCUGGUAAGCCAGGUUCUAGCCAUCCGGGAGUGCAGCAAAUUUAUGAUCCUUUCUCGCCCACUUCUGCACCGGUUUUGCCUCAUCAGGGAGGUAAUUCAGCAAAAGUGAGAAAGCAGGAGAGUGAUCCAGAGUAUGAUGAUUUGAUGGCAUCAGUUGGAGUAAAAUGAUUAAAGAGUUGGGAUUGCAUUUUGUUGGUUAUAAGAUUCAAGGGGGGCUGUUAUGACCCAAAACAGAAAAUCUAGAAUUUCAUUGAUGCCCAGAGAAUAGAGAUUACACUGACCUCUCUGAAUUAUAUUGUGUGAACUAAUCAUUGUGAUUGUUGAUUGUAUCUCUUGCAUUUUCUUUCUUGUAGAGAGGUAGGGAGACUAAUCCUAUAAAAAGUAGUUUUGGAUGUACUUAUAAUUGAGUGUAAAGAUAACAUAUUCAUCAUAGUCCAUUAUAAGCAGCAGUGAGAGAUUACAUUGCCCCUUGCA